AUGCAUCUUCCAGAAGAUUGGUUAAAUGCAAGUAUUCUAGGUACUGGACAAUCAGAACGUGAUUGUCAUGAAUGUCCAGAUGCUCCACAAUGUGGUACAAUUGAUUUCCUUGAUGCUAGUCGAUGUCCAAUUCAUUCAUGCAACAGUACUUGUAUUGUUUCGGAUACAGUUAAUGAUCCAGAAAAUGGUCUACUAUGUUAUCAGUCGUAUUGUGCUAUACCGAGUGAAGAACUCUAUGACAUCGAUACAACUCAAGUAGAAAUCGAAGGUAUAUUAUAUUUUCAUAAACAACUACUUGUUUUGGACUUAUGGGAGACUGAUAUUUAUUGUCUUGCUGAUAAUUGUUCUCGACCAGAACUAUUUUGUGAACUGAAAUCUCAAUUAAAUUCAGCGAUAGGUGAUUUAAAUCGAUUUUAUAUGAUAUUCACCACAAGUUCACAACCAACUGCGACUCAACCGGUGACUACACAGUCAACUGUGACUCAGUCAACAACUAUACAGCCAACUACGACUCAAUCAACGACUACACAGCCAACUAUGACUUAG